AUGCCCAAGCUGGAGAAAGGUUACAUGGCCGAAAACCCGCAGCUCACAGGCACCCUGCCCGCCAACCUGCCCUGGCCUCAGCUGAGCGUCUUGGAUCUGCACGGCUGCCCGCUGCUCAACGGCACCUUCCCCUCCAGCUGGUGCAGGGCUCCCUUUGCUGCCAGCCUGUUCCAGCUGAAGCUGGAGCACACUCGAGUCAACAGGCAGCUGCCAGCCUGUGCCCCUGCUGCCUUCCCCUUGCUGGACUGGCUGAAGCCUGCGCACCUCCCCCUCAACGCAUCCGGCGCCGCCGCCGGCCAGCGCCGGCCGGCGGCCGCACACCUGGCUGCGCUGCUGGCGCCCGCGGCGGCCGCGGCCGCCGCGGCCGCCGCUUGGCUGCUGCGCCAUCGGCGGUGGCAGCAGCAGCAGCAGCAGGGUGGGCUGCCGGCCCUGCACGCCCCCGGCGGGCUGGCGGGGCCGGCAGCGGCGGCGGCAGAGGCGACCACCUGGCUCCGCGGCGGCGGCGGCGUGCCAGCUAGGACGGCGCAGCUUGUGGGGCUGACGAGGCGGGCCCGGCUGGGGGCGCUGCUUACCGAUGUGCUGGUGCAGCAGCACGGAGGCAUCAGCUUAGAUCUGCUUCCCCUGGAGGGUCAGCAUCUGGCUGUGGCCCACUCUGCCGGGCACAGCCGGCCGCCGUCCAGCGGCGGCAGGCCCCCCAGCAGCCGCCCCGCCAGCAGCAGCAGCAACAGCCGGCGCAGCGGCGGGCUGGGCAGCCUGGGGGACAGCGGGCGCGACGCCCCAGGGUCUGAUAGUGCCUCCAGCUUUGCCUGGGAGGCAGAGGCGGAGGCGGAGCCUUUUGCAGUGGAUGGACGCAACGAGCCGCUGCUGCUGGGAGAGGGGCGCCAGGCUGUGGUGUACCGAGCCAACCUGCUGGGCACGGGGCCCGCCUUCGAGCUGAGGCCAGGCACCGACCCCGGGGCGGUGUGGCGGGAGGUGGCUCUCAUGCAGCGGUGCAGGCACGAGCGCAUCGUUCCGCUGCUGGGGGUAGCCCUGCAGGGCCCGCUGCUGCUGCUGGCGAUGGAGCUGAUGGCAGGAGGCAGCCUGCAGGCCGCUCUGCGCCGCCCAGACGCGCGGCAGCAGCUGCGGUGGGGCGCCAGGGGCCGGCAGGUGGCGCUGGAUGUGGCCUCGGCCCUGGCCUUCCUGGCCCACCUCAAUGUGCUCCACAGCGACCUGAGCAGCAGGCGAGGGGCGGGGCAUUGCUGCCGCCGCUGCAACGUGCUGCUGGAUGGCGGCCUGCGAGCCUCCAUAGGAGACCUGGGCAACGCUCGGGUGGUGGCGGGCAGCGGGGCCAGUGUAGGCCCCUUCUGCCUCACACACGCAGCCCCCGAGCAGGUGCUGGGCCAGCGCUGCACGCUUGCUGCCGACGUCUACAGCUUGGGCAUCUUGCUGGUGGAGCUGACCACGCAGCAGGCGGUGACCAGGCGGGGCGAGUGGCGCCUGCCGCGCGCGCCCGAAGAGUGCUCUCAGGCGGUGGUGGAGUUGAUAGAGGAGUGUGUGGCGCAAGACCCGCUCCGCCGCCCCUCCGCCGCCGAGGCGCUGCAGCGGCUGCAGGCAGAGGGCGGCUGA